UGAAAAGGAGAUGAUUCAAUGCACUUUUGAUAAACAAACAGAGAUGCUGACACAUCUUAUACCCUAUCCAAGUCAACAUGACACCCCUUCCGAAGAAAGGAAAUUCAUUUCCCUAAUUAAAAGUAUCUUUUGACAGAACAAAAUUGACCUCCCGAUCAAGCCACCCUGAUGAACAAUGAAAGCAUAAAACAACAACAAGAAGAAGAAAAUUAGAUGAAAGAAAAGGUGUAGGCAAAAGGGGAAAAAGAGACCACAGGCCUUCUUUUCCAGGGAAUCGAGGAUCAGCCUGUCUUGUUAAUCUCUUAUAUAAGGCGUUUAUGAUCAAUUCGAUUCAAUGAUAACCUAGUUGUAGUAUAGAAGAAAAUACCAAUACCGGGAAGAAGAAAGAUCUAGUUUCAAUUUAAGUUGGAGCUACAAUGGCAAACAGGCAAAUAGUUGUAGCUUGCAAGAAUGUGGAGGCGCAGUAUGUGGAGAUGAUGGUGCCUUUGUAUUCUUACGGGUGUGAGAGGAAAGUGAAGAAGACCUUGUCCCAUCUCAAAGGAAUAUACUCGGUAACAGUGGACUAUAAUCAACAAAAGGUAACAGUGUGGGGAAUAUGUAACAAAUACGAUGUGUUAUCAACCAUGAGGAGCAAAAGAAAGGAAGCUCGUUUUUGGAAGCCAGAAGAAAAUAUUGAAAUGGAAGAUGAUGAUGAGGCACAACCGCCAUCGCCCCCACCACCUUCUAUUCCUCCUGUGCACUCUAACAAGCCUUCUUUAGCCCUAAUGAAGGCUCGCUCUCUAAGCUGGAAGGCCUGGAAAAAGAUCUUCGCUCGAUCCUAUUCUUUCUAAAAGAUAAGUAAUUAAUUAUCUAAGCACCUCAGGGAAAAGUUAAAAGACAUGAAAAUGCAUGCACUCCUUGACGUUUUCCAAACCAAGGAAAGGUUGUAAAUUUGACAUCACGUUUUCUCCUCCCAUUUGUAAAUAAAU